CGGCUGAACAUCUGAUGAGCGACACUCUGCCUGGAACAAGUAAUUCCACCACAGACCGAGAUCCCUCAAGAUUCGUGUUGAGUCGGCGCCCACUGGAAGCUGCAAACGGCAGGCCGUUCUGCUGGAGGAAGUUCCGCCGCACUUCUCCAUCCUUGUCCCGGUCGGAUGAUAUAUUUCUAUUGAUCUUACGCUCUUACGAUUGUACGACAAAUUGGCGCAGACGCCACAGUGAAUCAUGGCUACCAGUAGUGCCUCACCAAACUACAACACCACCACUGAUGAUGAAGCUUUCGGCGAACUGGAGACGGCGUUGCGACGACAGAUCAAGGACACGCUACAAGGCGUGGCCACGUCUCACGAUAAGCUGGCCUUAUCUCAUGAGGAACUUGAUGGCCGCGUUCAAAUCGUAGAACAACGACUACCCAAGAAUCUCCGCUUCCGUCUUAAGACGAUAGAAGACCACGUCAAGUCACAGGAAUCGAUAAACAGCAGCCUUCCGAACAACAGAGCCAGCUCGCACUCAGACGCUGCUCUGGCGACAAAGGUGAAGGCGCUCGAAGAUGUGAACGCCACACUCGCGGGCAAGCUCUCGUUUAUGCAGUCGCAACUGGAUCAGCACAAACGAAAUCUAGACCGUAUCAGCAAGAAGAAUACGACCCUUGAUGAUUCUGACCCUGUCGUACAGGAAUUGCUCAAACGACUCUACUUACUGGAGACUCAGCGCAGCGGCAGCAGAAGCACUUUCGAAGCUUGGACCAACGAUGAGGUUGCAGAGGAACUGCUUCGGCGUUUGACUGAAGGAGGAGAAGGCAUCUCACCGAACCUCUCGGCGCAUCUGCACUCACUCACUGCCAGCAAACUCUCAGUCGUAACGGAAGGAGCCAAAGGUGCAGGUCGUCGCAAAAGCUCAGCAACGGAUAGCACCAAUAGCGAACAACAGAGCUCAACCAGCAGCGACAUACCACACAAGCCUCGCAAGCGCUCUGCACCCGCUGCCACAGAGUUAUUAUCACUUUCCGACCUCUCCAGUAUACAAGACUCUGGUCCUGAAGAGUCUGAGCCGCCCUCGAAACGCACUAGGACCACGUCCGCUGCCGCUGUCAGGAUCUCUCCGCGCAAGAUCUCCAGCAUGUUCAAGACUACCAAGUCUACUCCAGCAGAAAAUACGAAGUCAGCUUCACAGAACGACGCAGAGGGCGAUUACGACAUGAGUGAGCUGGCUUUACUCCAGGAUGAACCUCGCCGGUCAGGGCGCAAACCUAAACCAGCACGCAACCCACAGUACCUCACCUGGUUAGAAGUUCGCGCUGCAAAGAAGAGGGGGACCUUGGAUUAGACAUCUCCUGUCGUCCUUUAUGGGCAGCAAAGCGGAGCGUGGGCAUUGAACUAGAAGUUUUCUAUCACACUUUAUGAGCGUGUAAGGGGUUCCAGCAAUGCUUUUGACGAGUUUACAGCGAUG